AUGGAAGAAAACAAAAAUUUACAAAUUUUAAAUAAUUUGGAAACAACAACAAAUUCCUCAGACAUUGAAAUAGAUGAUAAAUUAUUAAUUAAUGGAAUUGAAAAUACCCAAGAUUUGCGUGAUUGUUUAGCAAAUAUAGAACAAGAAUUACAACAAAUUGGUCAAUUAACAGUUGAAGAUUGUAUUAAUAAUGGAGAUAAAAUUGCUGAUUUGGCUAAUGAAAUUGAACAGUGUGACGGGAUUUUGGAGGGAAUGGAAAAUAUGUUAGUCAAUUUUUUGGGUGAUCUGGGCAAAAUUAGUGGGGAUAUGAAACAUUUGAAGGAGCAAUCAAUUGAAAUUAAUCAACAAUUAAAUAAUCAUCAAAGGGUUCGUGCUGAGCUUAGCCAGUUUGUUGAUGAUAUGGUGGUCCCACAUUCGAUGAUAAAAAUAAUAACAGAAAAAGAUGUAAAUAGCACAGAAUUCUUAGAACAGCUUCAUGAACUUCAGCACAAAUUACAAUUUAUUAAAACUCAACAAUUUAAGGACGCAAAAUCUGUUGGGGAUGUAAGAGAUGUUGUUGAGAAUUUAAAAUAUAAGGCAUUAGAAAAAAUUAGAGAAUGGCUACUUUUAAGAAUUUCUUUGUUUCGCAAACCUUUGACAAAUUAUCAAAUUCCUCAAAAUGCUUUGCUUAAAAAUAGGUUUUUUCUUAAUUUUUUAAAUUAA